UAUUCAGCAGCAAAAGCAAAAAAGAACAGCGCUGGAUCAUGCUGGGGUAUUUCUUGUUCUUCUCACGAAGUCGUGGACUGUUAUGUCCAGGCCCGCUCCUCCUCCUGCUGUUAAAUCCUCUGCUCGCCAGAGCAGUGGACAAUUUCGUCAGCGCAGUGUCUACCUCCAAGAGGACAUCAAGUUCGGCUCCUGCUGCCCCAUCCUCAUCUACUUCACAGUCGAAUGUUGCUCCGCUGGUAGUACAACCUUCUACCUACGCGGAAGUAAUCCCAAAAAUCCGGCAGAGAUUGGUCACAGGUGGAGAAGAAGAAGGCGAAGGUGAACCCCAAGCCGGCACAGAGCUGCUUUUCCUUCCGCACACGACCCUGUAUGUGUAUGAUGUGGAACCAUUUUUCGAGAAACUUGUUGCUAGAAGUACUUUGAUGGUGGACCCCAAGAAGAACGACGUGGAGCAGAACAAGAAGAAGAACAUCAAGCAAAAGCAAAAAAAUCACGACAACAGCCGGAAAAGAAGGAGCCAGAGCGAGAGGAGGACCGAGGAAAAACUAGAAACCGUUGUAGCGCAGUACAAGGCCCUGAUAGCCAACCCCAGCGAAGUCCUCCCCCCGGAUACGGAAUUCCCCGGUCGGAGCAUCUUAUUGUAAGAAAAAAUCGCCCCUCCCCAUAUCGAAAAGAAAAUUUGUGAUGCUGAUUUGUGACCAAAGGUCAGCCUUGUCUUGCGUACAAGGCAAGCGACAUCCAUGUGGCGCAUUGCACAGCGAGGCUGUCAUGCGUUUUCGCCUCUGGCAGACUUGUUUCUCAUACUCAGCUGCUAGCCGGAUGCGUACCCAAAUAGGGUUGGAACAUGCCGACAAGCUCUUGCUGCAAUACAGGCUUCAUUUGUGUACACAAAUCCAGCAACACAAAUUGUCUUUAUUUGGAUAUGUGGUGGGGGCUUUUUUCUUUUUCACUUUGAUGCAUCUUCGACAAAAACUAUGGGUUGGUGGCGGAGUUUGCGCGAAAAAAACGCAUCACCAACAAUCCGGGAACAGCUGACCUUUUUUUUUUUCCCCUCUGGCCCGAGGCGCUGUGUUUGCUGUCCAAGAGGAUAGACAGCGGGAAUACUAAAGCAGAUGAACUAGUACUAGCUGGGGGAGAGGAAAAUGAAAAUCAUCUUCUUUCCGGGCAGGAAAUUACUGCCCAGCAUCGAAAGUUGUCUUCCUUUUUUACACUUGACCUGGACCCGGCGCAGCUGCCCGCGAGCUCGUGGUAUGCAAUGCAAAAGCAUCGUACUAGUAUACAUUGCAUGACAAAUUAGCCCAGCAUUACAAAUUGAAUCUGUAAUGCUGAUUUACCUUGAAAAAGAGGUUUGUAAUGCAUAAACGCGAUUACUACGAGUACGAGUGCGAUUUGCACAGGAUACCUGGUUUGUCUGCGACCUUGCCAAGGCCGCGCUGGAAUUUUUCCGGGAGCAGCUUGCUUAUGAGGGUGCACGACUCCUCCUCCCCCUCAUUUGUGAUGGAAAAACCCAAAUCCUCGUCUUGUCUGUAAGCACAGUUUGCAUGAUGACAAAUUUUAGAACCACAAACAGCACAACAAAUUGUGUGUGGACUUGUCAUGCGCAGGCUCCAUUGAAUUUGAAGCUGGCGUCUGUGUAGUUGCUGCUCUUGCUCAUACCAUACAAAUGAAGGGGAGGGGGAGUUGUGCAACUUCAUAUUGCUUCCAUCGAAACCAGAACCCGACGCGAUACGGCGCACGACUUGCUGCCCAAGCAUGUCUGGUACGCCGAGCGCGUCGUGGAUUUUUCGGCCAUUGCGCCGCCGAGCGGACAGGAGUGGCUUUUCUCGCCCGAGCACCCGUAUGCCAUGACCAUUCCGGACAUCGUGCAGUCGGGAAUCCUGCUCACCAUGGAAGACCGAACGGCACAUUACCACGAGCGGCUUUACCGCACGCGGCGGUCCAUCAUCAUCCCCAGCUUUGUGAACGCCACGGCGUGGUGGAGUGAGAGUGAGGCGGGGCCGACGGGCGGUAGUCGUUCGCAUCUUCUUUUCGGCAAAAUUGCUCCUAGUUCCCUCCGAAAUAAGAUGAAGAAGCAGUACCUGCUCAGCUUCGCUGGUUCCAUGAAGCUGACCGGCUGCCAUCUGGCCAAGGAACGGUGUGGCAACCUGAGAUAUGGCGUUCUCAAAUGUUACAUUCUCAACUGUUACAUGAUUUGUAAUGCAAAAGCACAAUCAAAAUCGACAUGAUCAAACUGCUUCGCAUGACAAAUUCUCGAAGAGCCAAACAGCCUGGAAUCUGUGCCAGAUCUGUCAUGCAAGACGCGCAAGGUCAGCCCUUUCACUUUUGCCAUUCCUGCAUCACAAAUUCAUCUAACAGUUGAGAAUGUAACAGUUGAGAGCGCCAUAUGAGAUCGCCGGAAAUUCGGCAGAAGCUGCGCGCGACCAUUGCGAAGCACGAAGACGUUGAUGGGGAAAGAACUGAAAGCGCCCUUCGUGUUGGUGAAGUGGAUUCGGGUGGUGGCGGUCACAUGGACCUGCUCGACACUUUGGACUUGGCCCCCACGACGGAAGGGCAAGAAGAUGUUGGCUCCUCUAGAAGUACUCAAUAUGGAUUGCAAAAAUGUCUGGGUCUCGAAGAAUGCAACUUCUGAUGCUAUUUUUGGAAUCUAAAAAAAUCUGUAUUGCAUGAGCAGCGAGAGGCGUCCAGUUUUUGCUCCGCGGAGAGGGGAUUUCUCAUGCGGGAUAGGCAUCAAGAUGCCCGCAAAAAUUUGUGAUGCUGGGUCAUACAUCACAGACAUCACGGGUCAUGCAAAAUAUGCAUGACAAACCUGGCAAUCUUCCAGACAUUUUUACAUUUGAUACUCAAAGGAGUACAACAACUUCAUCAUCAUCGUCAGCAUCAGCUGCUUCUUUGCAAGAACUCUCACAACUCCCGUCCAAGUGGCUGGACCUGGAGCAUGGUUACAAGCAUUUUUAUGCAUUGCAAAGGUAUCGUACUACGUGUGAAUUGCAUGACAAAUUUUGGCAAGAAGGAAAGUGGAAUUUGUAAUGCUGUUUUUCCGUAAGAAAAAUAUUUGUCAUUCAUAUUUGCAAUUAGUACGAGUACGAUACUUUUGCACAGGAUAGUUUUGGGACAAGCGCGAUCGACGCGAUGAAGAACCUGUACCAGUUAUCGAAAGGAAAAACUCCCCCUCCCCAUAUUGAAAGGUAUGUUUCCGAAAAUUUGUGUUGCUGAUUUGAGGUCACAAAUCACAUUUGUCUCGCAAGAAGAGAAGGGCAGAAGCUUCCGUCCCAUUAUGGAAGCGAUUUGUCACGCUGUUGGGCCUAAAGGGGAGCCGUUUGCAAUGCUGAACAACUAGACCCAUGCGCCCCUACCUAGCCUGGGGAUCUGGCCGCAAUGCCUUCCUGCAGUACAAAGCUGAUCUGUGUACACAAAUCCAGCAUCAGAAAUUCCGUUUUGAUAUGGGGAGGGGGCAUUUUUCCUUUCGAUGCCAGAAAUCCGUCUUCUGUGCAAUCGUUCCCGGCGAUGCGAUAUGCAUUGCAAAUUAUAUCGAUCUGGGUCUGGAAACUUGUGAUGCUAGUUUGUGGCUUGUGGACUUACCCCAAGAAUACGCAGCCACGCAUAACAAGUUUCUGGGUUCCUUUGUCUUUCGCUUUCCGCAUGGUAAACAUAUUAAACUGCACUUUCGCAUGACAGGCAAGAGGGCUUUCCCUGCUCACUCAUUACAGAUUCCACUCUCAUGUGAGUAGACAAGCGCGACAGACCUGCAUUCCUCCAGACGCAGACAUUUUUGCAAUUGAUACGCGAGAAGCACGCGCAGGUUGUUCUCCGUUUUGGUCUCAUCCGACUGCAUCCCAGUCUUAAUUGACGACGAGCUUUAUCAAAAGAAAAAAGUUCGUCACGAUCACUCAUGGGCAACAUUUCUGCAAUACAAAAAAUGCCUGUCAUGCGUAAAAAUGCAUCACAGCCAAACUUCAUACGGGAUUUCCCUUAGUUUUUCUGCAAUACAAGAAAAAGCUGUGAUGCUAAAAAAUUUGUAUAAUCGUGACGCAAAGCCUCCAAAUUAGUCGUGACUGUGGCGAACGCGAACUUUUUUCUCUCCAUAAGCUUGGGCUGCCGUUCAACAGCAGAUUUGGCAGGAGCUCGAAUACCGUUAGGACGGCUCCCGAUUUUGUUCCGCACGUGGCUCAACACCUCGAGGAUAAAGAUGACCAUGAAGGUCGUCCCCCAUCUGAAAAUAAAAUACCGAUGACAGCAUCAGCAUCAUCUUCGCCGGCCGCCACUUCCUGGACGUCGUGGGAUUGGGACGACGAAAUUCUAAUCCGCAUUCCGGAAAAACGAUUUCUGAAUGAGGAGCUCAAUCUCCAAAACCAAGGAUCGUCGCAAAACAGAAACGCAUCCCCCUUCGACCUGGUCCAGUACCUCCAAACCGAAAUUCUCCCUGACUCCACGAAAAUGCGAAAGCUGCAGUAUCGCAAGAAAAAUGUGUUUAUACAUUUUUUUACACAUUGUGUUGCAGGCCAAACAAGUCACGUAAGCCGUUCCAUGCCGGAUAUGCCUAGGAGCCUGGUUUUAGUACGUGUUUUCCCGUAACAGGAUUUCUGCAUUACAAGUUUUCUCGCAACUCUCUCAUGUAGAGGAAUUUGUCUUGCUGAAUUCAAAUUGACGAACGAAAAAUCAGUGCAGCGUAAAUGAAAAUGUAAACACCUUUUUUCCAUUUGAUCUCCAAGCCGGUCUCCAGAGCGUGAAAAAGGCGCUCUGCUACCAGCCGGACAGCCACUGCGAGCGCAACCUGAACCGCUACGCGGGGGAAAGUUUCCAUUAUCAAAUGUAAAAAUGUCUGGAUCUGGAAGAAUGCAACCUGUCAUGCUAAAUCUGAAGCAUGCAAAAAUCUGUGUUGUAUGAUUACCAAAAGUCGUCCAGUUUUGACCAAGUCGGGAGGGAGUUUCUCAUGCAGGAUAGGGAUGAGAGAGAUCGCGCAGAAUCUGUCAUGCUAGGUCCUCCAUUACAGAUCAUAUGGGCCAUGGAAAACCUUCAUGACAAGUCUAGCAAAGUUCCAGACCCAGAUAUAUUUGCAUGUGAUAUCCAUGCAGCCGCAGCAAAAGUGCUGUUACGGGACGAGUUUUCCGGUGGGGCGAUGUCGUUCAUCGUGCGGGAGCUGAUGACAACACCUGUCGUGCAGCCUGUGGCGCAGACGAGGACCACCAUGACAGGAAGUCAAAAUGUUGUGCAUUCGCCGGUAAAAACAAGGACGAGCGGUGCAACUACGAGAACAACUACAGGCGACGAUCGUAGCUUCGCCGAAAAACAAUUCAACCAAGGAGAAGAUAUUUCAUCUGAAGCGGUCGAAGAUUACGACAGUGGACUUUAUUAUCUCACGGGCGGAAUGUACCGCUAUGAGGAAUGAAAGUCAAAGUCAAAGUGACCUAUCAACUUUGGUGUCCUCUAAAAAUGCGCCUCGGUGCAGAGCAACCGACCUCACUGUCUCUGUGUCAUCAUGAUGACGCAUUGACGACGCUCGUUCCUCGUUCGUUCGUAGCGGCAGCUAGACCUAGACACAACCACAAGUGAUAAAAACACGCACAUUGAGAAUGACGUUGAGGGACCACGAGCAUUGAAAUGCACAAAGAAAGAAACUGCAUUUUUCGUUAUCAGUUUGCAACUGUUUACGAAGAUUAAGAUACUCCCAGGCAUUGGGCAGAAGUACCAAAACCAAAUCCGGACUGCAUUCAUCUGCUUGUGCUUGACAUUUC